AUGGCUUUUAAAGUGUACUUGAUUGUUCUUAUACUGUGGAUUGUGAACACUAAGUGCUAUGUAUGUAAUUCGAACUGUUCGUAUACCAUCUUCGUGAAGGAGAGUGGCCAACAAAUACGAUGUUGUGAAAACUCAUCGAUACCAACCAAUAAGACUUUCAGAGCAGUGUCUGUUCGGUUCAGUGAAAAAUGUGAUUUUAAUGAUAUCUCUCUCGACGAACCAUUCUUGGACACGUUUUCAGUUAGUAUAACAAAUAAUACCAUUGCAAAUUUAAAAAUAACCGUGAAGCCGAACAACUUACGUGAAAUGAAUUUGUCGUCGAACAAAUUGCAUUAUAUCAACAAGGAUCUCUUUAGGAACUACACAAACCUUCGUGUAUUAAUUUUAAGCAAAAAUAACAUCUACAAAAUAUCGUCUGAUAGUUUCGUUGGACUAAACAAGCUGGAGAAUCUGGAUUUAUCAGAAAAUAACUUAAGUAAACUAGAAAACAUAUUUACUCCUCUAAAAAAUCUCCAACACCUGAAUUUAAGUAGGAACAACAUUGAGUUCAUUCUUGAGAAUUACUUCAACAAUUGGCUUCUGCAACAUUUAGAUGUAUCGCACAAUAACUUAAGGAAAUUAGCACCGGGGGCUUUGCAGUUACUGCCGAAUUUAGCUCGAUUACUACUGACAGAUAACCCGCAUUUGGGGAUUACACAGUUGGAUACACAAUUGUUAGUUGGCACCGGCCGCAGACUACAGCAGAUCGAUGCAUCGAGAACCGGAUUAUACCAAGUCCCUGAAGCGUUCACACAUUCCGUACGAUUUCUAUCACUGGUCGGAAACCAUAUAACUUCGAUAGGGUGCGGAGAUCUCGAUAGCUAUCCUUUAUUACAAUCGUUAGAUUUCUCUAACAACAAAAUCAAAUCUAUUGAAGAAGACUCUUUAGGCAGAUUAGAAAUGCUUCUAUUUUUAAACUUGAAUAAAAACUCUUUAAGCGUAGUCCCCAAGUCAUUACCUGAUGAAUUAAAGUAUCUGUCAAUAAACAACAACAUUAUUAAAAACCUAACUAUGUUAGAUUUCAAGGAUCUACCGAAUCUACGUAUUCUGCUUCUAAAAAGCAACGAAAUAUUAUACAUUGAAGACCACGUUUUCGACGAUUUAUUAUCUCUGGAAAUAUUAGAUUUAUCAAACAAUCCGUUACAAAUGCUGUCGCCGAGCACAUUUGAUGGACCGCUAUCUCUUCGUGAUCUGAGAUUAUGUUACUUGAAUAUUUCCGUGCCUGCAAAAGAUGGCUCCUUUCCAAUGUCGUCUCCAGAAAGUGUACAAAUGUUACAUCUACAAUCAAGUCCAGGCCUCGCCAGACAGUUUUUAGCUGACUCAGCUGCCCUUGCUGCCUUCACCCACUUACAAUAUUUGGAUUUGAGAAUGAACAAUUUACCUAACAUAAGGAACGACUUACUGUUCUAUCUAGUACAAUUGAAAACUUUAAGAUUACAUGGAAAUAAAAUUAACUGCAGCGCUGAGUUAUGGCUGUCAGACUGGAUGAAUUGGAAUAAAAGUUUGCUAAACAAUGAAACGUGUUACUAUUCAACUUCUGAGGCGAAAGCGGAGAUAAACAAAUAUAAUUGUACCUUCCCUGAAACUUUUACGAUAAACGAAACUUGGGCAGCAAAGGCCACGAAAUUAAUGCAAAUAAGACUUUUGUUUCGACCCUUGAAAAAAAAAGCUCCCAUUAAUAAUAAUACAAAGAGGAAUGAUGAAAAAUUGAAAGCUGAGAAUAUAAUUCAACAUAAACACCACACUGAGACACAAUUUGAAUCGAGAGAAUAUCUAAAGGUCUCAGCCAAAAACGACGUAGCCAUUGACAGUGUGUUGCAAACCGAUCUUCUCAUAUCAAAGGCUCCAAAUAGAACUCAAUAUCGUGAAAACAUAUCGGGAAAAUUAUUGAGUCCACCUGUAGGCACUGAGGAGUCUAUUACGAACCUCUAUGAGGAAAAUCAAUACCGGCUCAAUAGCACUAGCAAUAGUACUUAUACCACUCCAAAUAACAUGGAAUACUCACAUUACCAGCCUCCGAGUCAUUUCGGACAAUACUUUGGGAUAGUUGCCGUAUCGUGUUUGAUUAUUAUGUCUUUGGUCCUGUGGCUCAGUAUACGAUUGAGGUAUAAAAGAAGGCAUGCUCCCAGCGUGGACGGAGGGGGUGAGGAGCAGAUAGAAGUGUCGAAUAUAUCCGGGGGGGUGCUGUGGUGA